UGAAAGUUCGCCUGUUGCUCUCCGCGCCGCAGCCGGCUCUCCGCACUCCCGCGACAGCCGCGCGGCCCUCGGCUGGGCGCAGGCUCGGCAGCGGCGAGCGAGCGAGCGAGCGAGAGAGGGCGGCCGACGCGCCCGGCCGGGACCCAGCUGCCCGUAUGACCGCGCGGGGCGCCGCCGGGCGCUGCCCUCCCACGACAUGGCUGGGCCUCCAGCUACUGCUGGUCUGUCUCCUGGUGAGCAGCAGUAUUACCAAGGAGCAGCUGAAGCACUGUAGCCAAAUGAUUGGGGACGGACACCUGCAGCUCCUGCAGCAGCUGAUUGACAGUCAGAUGGAGACCUCGUGCAAAAUUCCCUUUAUGUUCGUAGAUGAGGACCGAUUGAAAGACCCUGUGUGUUACAUUAAGAAGGCAUUUCCUUUGGUGCAAGACAUCCUGGAGGAUACCAUAAGUUUCAAAGACAACACCUCCAAUGCCAAUGCCCUCGCGAAGCUCCAGGAACUCUCCGUGAGGCUGAAGGAUUGCUUCCCCAAGGUGUACAAAGAGCAGGACAAGGCCUGUGUCCAAAACUUCUCUGAGUCGCCCCUCUGGUUGCUGGAGAAGAUCAAGAAUGUCUUUAGUGAAACAAAGAAUCUCCUUAAAAACAACCAGGACAUUUUCAGCAAGGACUGCAGCGACAGCUUUGCUGAAUGUCCCAGCCAAGAUGUGGCGACCCAGCCUGAUUGCAACUGCCUGCACCCCAAAGCCACCCCUAGCAGUGACCUGGCCUCUGUCUCCCCUCAGCAGCCCCUUGCCCCCUCCAGUGCCCCUAUGGCUGGCUCGACCUGGGCUGAGUCUGGGGGGACAGCGGACAGCUCCCUCUUGCCCAGGGAGCAGCCCCCUCGCACAGUGGACCUGGGCAGUACCAAGCAGCGACCACCCAGGAGCACCUGCCAGAGCUUUGAGUCACCAGAGACCCCAGGCGUCGAGGGAAGCCCCACAGGAGGUUCACCCCAGCCCCGCCCCUCUGCCGGGACCCCAGUCCCUGGGAUGGAGGACGUUCUUGACUUUGUGCUGAACAGUGACUGGGCCCUAGAAGAGGCCUCUGGAGAAGCUAGUGAGGAUCCUGGACCCCAAGGGCCAGAGCCCUCCUCCUCCAGGCUGGGAGGAGGCCUUGUCCCGGCAGAGGCCUCCAGACCAAGCGACGUCGUUUCGGCGCCUCCAUUCUCCAGAUCAGCCAAGGGCCAGCCGCCAGCAGGUGGAACCGGCACCUCCCUGCCCACGUUGGGCCCUGUGAGGCCCACUGGCCAGGCCCGGAGCCACACACCUGACAAGGCAGACCAUCCCACCCUGCCACCCAGAGACCUCCAGGAGCCAGGCUCUACCAGGACCCCGUCACUGCGCCCGAAAGGCCUCAGCCAUCCCUCCACCCUCUCUGCUCGGCCAGGGCUCCCCAGCAGCCACACCCGGGGCAAUGCGCUGCCCCAUGGGGAGCUGCCGGGCAAGAGGAGCACCAGGGCACGGCGGAGCCCUGCAGGGCUGCAAGGAGCAGGAGCCCGUGAGGGGGCGGCCCUGCCCCGGGCCCAUUUUAACUCCGUUCCUUUGACUGAUGCAGGCGAUGAGCAACUCCCCCCUGAGCCCCAAAGGCCUGCCUUCUAUGGGCCGGGGUCCGGUUCCGGCAUUGGCGUCGGGGGCGUCAUCCUGGUCCUGCUGGCUGUGGGCGGCCUGCUGCUCUACAGGCGGAGACGGCGGAGCCAUCGAGAGACUCAGACAGUGGACUCUCCCAUGGAGCAACCAGAGGGCAGCCCCCUGACCCAGGAUGAGGACAGACAGGUGGAAAUGCCGGUGUAGAGGGAGUUCUAAGCUGGGCGCACGGGUCAGUCUCUCCAUGGCAGGAGACCUCGUCGGGGCGUCUGCCGCCCUCCUCCUCAGCCAUUCUCCUGGGAACACGGCCUGCCCACCGUGAGAACUGUCGCCUGCCCAAUGAGACCAGAGCAGCCAGGCCGGGGUCCCUCCGCCCUCAACCCACAGGCUCUGGACAGACUCAGAGAGGGCUGGAGGAUGCCCCCGACGCUGCUGAUAUUUAUCGUGGGCCCUGGAGGCUCCCAUCCAUUCGAGGGAGGCUGGCGAGCCCGGCCUAGCACCCUCUGCCCCUCAGGGGCUGCUCUCGUCGCCCGCCGGCCCCUGGGCCAGGGACCCAGCGGCCCGUGGAUGUGGACGGCAGGGUGGGCGCUGAGGAAUGGAAGAGCCUGCGUGCCCGGAGGACCUGUUUGGUGUCAAGGGAUGGAUCCCUACCCCAACAAGCAGGGAGGCUCAUGAGAUUCGCAGGGUGGGCCAAUGGCUGGGUUUCCCGGAAAGGCCUGCGGCCUGGAAGACGGCAAGAGAAGGCCUGCUGGGCUCCGCUCGCCCAAGCAUCCUCUGCUGGUUGCCAGGUGGCGAGGGGAGGCCAGCCCUGCCCUCAGGACCUGCGUGGCUUGUGACGCCAAGGCGAAGACCCAGUCAGGCCCCCGCCCCGCUGCCCUCCCAGCACCUGCCAGAGCGUCUCCGGGAGGCCGGACAGAGGCUCCCCUCACGAAGGAAGCCGUUGCACUGUGAAGACUGAACCUGCCUGCUGUACAGCUUGCCCGCCCGUCCCGUGAACCAACAUCCGUCUGCCUGCCCGCCCCUCCAGCCUCUCCCCAGCCUCUGCACUGAGCGCCCGAGCCGGCCUCGCCCGUCCACUGAGGAGGCCCCGGAGCCCUGACCUUCUGCUGAUCCGGCCUCUGGGCUCUCUGGGGUGGAUCAGGGCGGGAGAGCUGCCUGGGCCGCCAGCCAGAGCAGGUCUCCAGGCUGUAUCUUUGGCCCAGGUUUCUGCAUUUUGCACUUUGAUGUUCCCAAGAGGGAAGUGACUAGUGGGAGGGAGGGAGGUGAGGAGAGACAGGCACAGGGAAGAUCUCUGAAAUUAUGGGUAUGCCCCUGAGGUCAGGGGGAGGCAUCUGCACCUGUGACCUCUGCCACAAGCGUAGCUGCAAGGCCACUGCCCACAGGCACCUGGGCCUGAGCGCAUCAUCCCGUUAGGAGCCUGGUAGGCAGUGAUGCCUCCAGCUCUCCCCCGUACCCACCCACCCACCCACCCACGACCACCAUCUCUCUGACAAGGCAA